AUGAUAAAAAACCCUAAUCCUUUGAAUGUGAAUGAACCAAAAUUAGGAAUUCAAAUCACUUAACGCAAGAUGUUAGCAGAAGUAGUGAAUAACAAGACUGUUGAGAAUGCGAAGAUAACUGAUAUUUGUUUUAACAACCAGAAAUAUAAGACUCAGUUAGCGAGCAUAGAUAUUUCUGGAGUCUUAAAAAUAUGGGAUGUUGCACAAAAUAGAUUGAUUCAAUAAUUUCAUGCUUCGAACAUGUGGCUAACAACAGUGGAUGUAGAAAAGCAAGAAGGGAAGAAGGUAGCCUGUGGAACGUUAGACGGGAAAGUCUUAGUUUAUGAAAUAAAUCAAAGUAACAAAAAAGGCAAGAGUUUCAGCAAAGAUAAGCCCAACAUAGAGUUGUUUGGCCACUCUGGUUCAAUCCAAUGUGUGUAGUUUCUUAGUCCAUAAUAUAUAAUUGCAGGAUCAACAGAUUCCUUGGUAUCAUUGUGGGACCUGGAGAACCCUCAGAGAUACUUGGCCAUCCAUCAGCAACACACUGGAGACGUGCUGUCUUUGCAUGCCUACGAAAACGAUAGCAACAUUUUUAUCUCUGGUUCCAGCGAUUUGACAUGUAAAAUCUGGGAUAUCAGAGUGAAAAAACCCGUAUAGGCUGAAUACAAAGGCCAUGAGUCAGCAGUGAAUACUGUGAAGUUCAUUCAAAUGCCUUAGCCAACAACAUUUGUGACUGGGAGUGACGAUGCCUCCAUAAACUUGUGGGACUUGAGAAUGAAAGAUCCCAUAGUAUCAUUUCAGGAUAGUUGUUACUAUGAUUCGAUCUACUCCAUUGCCAUUUCUUUGAGUGGAAGAUACAUAUUCGCUGCAAGUGAAAAUUCGACCUUGAAGGUUUUUGAUGUUUUGGGAGAUACCGAUAUAUACACUAAUUUAGAUGUUGGUCUUUAGUAAAAUGAUGGGUUAAUCAAAUCCAUUGAUAUUUCAGCCGAUGGAUAUGCCUUGGGAAUGGCCUUAGGAACUAAAAGCAAUCAUAAGGAUUUAUUAGUGAUUAUGUGAUUAUAUCAAAUAUGCCGAAUUAGUUAUAAUAUAAGA